AUGGCGUCAAUUCAGACAAACAUGGCCGAAGGGCAGGAAAAAGACAUAUCUGAGACAACGACAACUAUGCAAGCUGACCUUAUUGACCAAGAAAGCGUCAAAAGUGGAAGCACCGAAAGUACAAAGAUUCAAAGUCUACGAAAUAAUAAGAAAUUAGCUAAAAGUAGAAUGACUAAAGUCAGAAAACAGUUGAGUGACCUUAUUGAAAAUCGACCACAAGAUGUGGCACUACCUAGCAAGAAUGCUGUAAGAAGAGCCGUACAUAAAAUUAAUUCUGAGAUGAAUAUUAUUACAAAGAUUAUCGAUAGUCUGAAAGAAGUGUAUGCCAUGACUGAGAACAAUGAAGAAACUAAUACAGUAAUAUAUACAUUAGACAAAGAGUUAGAGGACAUUGGAUAUUCAGUUGAUGUAAUUGUUGAAGGAGCAGAAAAACAUAUAGAAGAUAGAAUUAAUGCAGGGGAGACCGAGUCAGUAUUACUUUCACUUAAAUCGCAUGUUAGUUUGGAUAAAGAUUCAGUACCCCCAAUGUACCGUCCAAUGUACCCUCCAAUGUACCCUCCAAUGUGCCCCCAAUGUGCCCUCCAAUGUACCCCCCAAUGUACCCUCCAAAGUACCCCAAUAUACCUUCAACAAUACCUUCAGACGUAGAGCAGAAACAAUUAGAAGCUAAGAAUGCGAAUGACAGAUUGCAAAGAAUGGAAAAGGAACAACAAGAGAAAGAACAACAGAUGAGAAAAUUAGCAGCUGAACUUGAACUCACCAAGCAGCGAACAGAGGAAGCAAGAAAAGUAGCUGAGCUCAAUAAGUCACGGGCAGAAAAUGCGGAACGACAACUAGUCGAAGAUUGUGAUACUGUAAAGGAUUUUCUUACGAAACAUAAUUUUACAACAGAGGAUCGCCCGAGGGAGUACCAGUUGAAACAAUAA